CUACCGAGGAACAUUUUUGUCGGACUACGGGGCUAGACUGUCGGUGGUUCUGCUAUUGGAGAUCCCAUGCGUUGAAGUUGAUUCAUUGUCUGUCCUUCUAUUGUUAUUAUCUGAAAGGAUUUGCUACUUAACAAACCCUAAACCAAUCAGAGUUUUUCAUCUGGUAUCUUACUUCUCAGUCGUGUCAUCUUACACUGAAAUUUAAUUACAGUUGCCUUAUACUGAGGUGAAGAAUGAGCUGGGGCAGUGAACUUUGGGAUCAGUACGAGGCUAUAUGUACUCAUACAGAUCAUGAGAUUGAAUUCAUUAGAAGAGUUAGUAGCUUUGUCAAGGACCGUAUUCAUGCUGAGACUGUUUACGCUAAGGAACUAAGAAAAUUAGUUAAAAGCUACAGAAAAAGAGAAGAAGAAGAUUCAAAGUACACAAAUAUUCAGGCAUUUGGUAAACUAGUAGUGGAGACCAAUGACUUGGCUGGACAGAGAGAACUUAUAGCUGAAUACUUGCAAAAUGAAGUCUUCAAGCCCUUGAAUGAACUAGCCAAGAACACAACUGCUGUUAGGAGAAAGAUGAUGUUAGAAGGUCAAGAGCUGCACAAGAAAUUAAAAGAGUCGAUGGAUCAGUUAGAGAAUGCAAAGCGGAUAUAUAGGAAAGCCAGUGAGGAAAAGGAAGUUGCUGCACAUGCACUUGAUAGGGCUGAUAAUGAUCCUCAAUCUACCAAAGCCAAAAUUGAUAAGCUUACACAAAUCUCUCGUGGCAAAGAUCAAGCUGGAGAAGAAUCUCGAAAUAAUUAUAUCUUGCAAUUAGAGGCUACUAAUCAAUAUCGCCGUCAACAUUACACCCAGCUUAUGCCUCAGCAUAUGGAUACCUUCAUGCAAAUGAAUACUGAUCAUAUCAACACAUAUAAAGCUCUCAUUAAUGCAUAUGCUGAAAGUCACAGAAGAGUCAACCCUGUUAUUAAUACUUGCCUUGAUAACAUCACUGCUGGUUCUGAUGCAAUUGAUCCUGACAAAGACAACCGGCAGUUUAUCGAAGAACGGAAGACUGGCUAUCCUGUUCCAGGUAAUGUUGACUUUGAAGAAUAUCAAGGCAAGAUAAAGAAGAAGGAAAAGGACAAAAAAGAUGACAAGAAAAAACUUGAAGCCAGAGACUUCAGUCAUUUGCCUCCUGAGCAGAGGAAGAAGAGGCUGAUAAAGAAAAUAGGUGAAUUGGAAGCAGCAAUGGAAAAGACUACGUCUGACAUGACUGCCAUGGAGAAAAUGAAAACUAUUUAUGAGCAGAAUCCUAGCCUUGGUGAUGCACAGCAGGUUGCACAGCGCCUUGCAGAAAAUGCUGAGAAAAUUGGGAUUAUAAAAUCAGAGAUUCAAGAGUUCAAGGGUUAUUUAUCAGAGGCAGGAAGUGGUGGAUCAGGUAGCUCUACUUCAUUGCAGUCUAAAAAUGGUAAAUCUCCUGCUGCAAAGAAGAAAGAAAAGGUUAAAGAAAAGAAAGAAGAACGUCCAAGAGCUACAAGCAAGCUUAGUUCUACUGAUAUUGAGGUUGUAUCUAAUAAUUCUUCUACUGCUGCUCACCCUUCUCCUCAAGGCAGUACUGACAAUGUCAAGGCACAAGAGGAAUGGUUUUCUGAUGAUGAAGAUGGAGGUUCAAAGGAUCAGUCAGGUGAUGCUGGAGUCUGGAUCAUGGUGUAUGAUUUUGAAGCACAAAAUGAAGAUGAAUUAAGCUGUCGUGCUAAUGACAUUGUGACUAUCAUUGAAGAUCUAGGUGAUGGAUGGCUACGUGUUCGUAAAGGCAAAGAUGAAGGAUAUGUGCCACAAAGCUAUGUUCAGAAAAACUCCUAAGUCCUCGUCCACAAGUUUUGUGUUGUGUGUUGUAUUCCUUUUCCUCUUGCCUGUUGUAUUAUGUAUUGGUAUUGCAGGCCAUUACACCUCUUGUUUGUCUUUAUUUAAUAAUACAUCACAUUGAUGUGUCUUAAAUUUUUACUUGAACAGUUUUCUAGGUUACUUUUCUAUUUUUGAAGUGCAUGUUGUGACUUUAGUUGAAUAAUGUGUGGUUUCAUUUUAAAGAGUUAAUUUUAGUGAUCUUCAUU